UGCUAUUUGCUUUGAGAUCCACCUGAUCACAUGAACCACAAAUGGUUCCUCCUACUUAUGCUCCUCCUCCUUCUUCCUUUCCUUUUAAUCUCUUCUCUCCAAGUUUUCCUCUCAUGAGUCAUUUUGAGGGUUUCCAUAAUAAUAACAAUACUAACAAUAAUUCUCAUCAUCUCUUUCCUCUUCAAGAUCAUGAUUCAACAACAACCAACCAAAACUCUUCUACUUCUAAGGAUCUAACUCUUCAUGACUCCGCCGCCGUUGCCGAUAAGGGUUGGCUUCGUCUCAGCGUCGGUGCUACCACCCCCGACGUCGUCGUCCACCAUCACCACCACCAUCAUCAACAACCGCCAGGUUUUCGCUUGGGCUUGACCGAGCUUGAUUUAUUGCCCUCUGACGGGGUUUCAAAAUCGAAUGAGUCGUCGUUGGGUGUCGUCGGAAAUUUUUCUCCUUCUCCAGCGUUGGUUUUGCCUCCACCGCCGCCAGCGGAGCUUAAUUGGACGUUUAGACCUAUUUCAUCUCAUAACUCUUCUUCUUCUAAUUGUUCUUCUUCUUUUAUUCCUUUUGGUCCAUAUUUUUCAACUCCCUUUCAACUCCACCCUGGACUUGAUUUAGUCGCUGCCACAGCCGCCGCCGCCGGAUCUAGCUCCGGUGCUGUUAGGGUUAUCGACCCUCCUCGCCGCCCUCAUUCCGGGAUUUGGUUUUCUCUUCAACCUUUGGAAUUAAACCAAGGAAAACAACCAGUGUUGCCUCACAGAUCCAGCUACUUGAGAAUCAAGGAUGGAAAGAUGACAGUUCGAUUACUAAUCAAGUACUUGAUGAAAAAGCUCAGAUUGGACAAUGAAUUAGAGAUUGAGAUGAGAUGUAGAGGGGAAAAGCUUGAAGGUUGCUUGACAAUGCAGCAUAUUAGAGAUAAAAUUUGGUGCUCUAAAGACUCAGCUCUUACCACUUUGCUUCCUAAUUCCUCAACUAUUGAUCACAUUAUGGUUCUUCACUAUGCCAUUAUUCCUCCAACCCCUAAUUCUCCUAAUUCUCCUAAUUCUCCUUCUUAAUUAAUUCCUAUAAUAUAUAUAAUCCCAUUAUUAUCACCAUAUUAUAUCAUUAUUAUUUCUCUAAUUAAUCUAAAUAUAUCUAAUAUCUUUUCCCCCUCCUUCAAUUUCAUUUUAUCCCAACAUCCAAAGAUAUCCUUAGCUAUGAAUCCGAUGGUUUUUCUGACUUUAAUUAGUUUACAUUAUAUUAUUUACCCCCACGCACACCAUCCCUUUCUUAGUUUAGGAAUUAAGUUAUGAUCAUAUAUAUCACAUCCCCACCUUUUCCAUCUUAAUUGUAAUUAUCGUUUUCUCAUCUAUAAUUCAACUUAUCGUUCCUCCAAACAUUCUUUGUUUGUCACUAAUUUAAUUGUUAUGUCUU